AUGGGAAAUUGCUGGCCCUUCAGGCUUAUUGUUAUGGUGGCAAUUUUGGCUGUAUCAAUCUCAUUUAAAUCAGCCAAUUCAGACCCACAAACCACUUUGCUGAAUAAAGGAUGCAGAACAACGUAUCGUGCUGAUAACGUCACGAAUUUCUACAUCAAUUUUAAUGAGACUUUAGCUGAUAUUAGAAACCAGCUGAUAUCCAAAGAUAACAAGCAUUUUGCCACAGCACAGAAACUUUGGACUUCAAACACGGUUUUCGUGUUGUUCCAAUGCAGGGAAUACCUCUCUACAGCUGAUUGUGUUUCUUGUUUCGACACUGCGGCUUCCCCGGCCCAAGAAUGCUAUCCUUAUGAUGGAAUUCUUUUCUUGUAUGAUGGUUGCUACCUCAGGCAGGAGGCUUCGUUUUUCUUUGACCAGGCUACUCAGUCAGGAAACGGUCAGACUUGCGGCAAUCAAACAGCAUCACAGCCAACUGUUUUUCAAACUCAGGCUCAAGCAUUGCUACAGGAUCUUAAACGCGCAGCGCCACGAAUCAAAGGAUUCUUUGCUGCAUCAAAGAGGCAAUUCAGCAAUGGCAGUGAUGCAGUUUACGCGGUGGCUCAAUGUACAGAAACAAUCAGCCCGAGUGGAUGUGAAUUCUGCUUGAAGCUGGUAUAUUUCUAUAUAGAUAUCUGUUUACCAAAUAUAGAUGGAAGAGGUUUUGAUGCAGGCUGUUUUAUGAGGUUUUCAGCUAAUCCUUUCUUUGCCGAUAACCAGACAACCAACAUCAAUCCUUAUUUAGGAGUAGGAGGAGGAAGCUCAAACAGAACAAAAACAAUUAUACUAGGAGCUGUUGGCGUUGGCCUUUUCCUACUUAUACUAGCUUUAUUGUUAUGGUAUCAACUCUGCACAAAACCGAAGAAAGUUGAGAAGAGAAAUAUUUUUGGUACAACAGAGCUACGCGGUCAUAUGAUCUACGACUACAAGACUUUGAAAUCCGCAACCAGAAAUUUCCUUGAAGAAAAUAAACUUGGCGAAGGCGGUUUUAGUGAGGUUUACAAGCGCACAAUGGGAAAUGGUAAGGUGGUUGCUGUCAAGAAGCUAAACAUAACUUCUGGAAAGGCAAAAUCAGAGUUUGUUAAUGAAGUCAAGCUUAUUAGCAAUGUUCACCAUCGAAAUCUUGUGCGCCUAUUAGCAUAUGCUACCAAAGGAGCAGAGCUGCUCCUUGUAUAUGAAUACUUGGCGAACGGAAGCUUGGAUAGAUUUUUAUAUGUCAUAUUCUCACUUCCAUUUCUAUCUGUCCCUGGAAAUGUUUUUGAUAUUCAUGGACUCGCGUAUUUGCACGAAAAAUAUUAUGUCUGCAUCAUUCAUCGUGAUAUUAAGUCCAGCAAUAUCUUACUAGAUGAUGAUUUUCAGCCGAAGAUUGCUGAUUUUGGACUGGCAAAACUUUUGCCUGGAGAUAGGACUCAUUUAAGCACCGGAUUUGCUGGUACCUUGGGAUAUGUAGCACCAAAAUAUGUAGUUCAUGGACAUUUGUCUGAGAAAGCUGACACUUACGGCUUUGGCAUUGUGAUCCUUGAAAUAAUCAGCGGCCAAAGAAGCAAUAACACGACGGUUGCACCUGUUAGCGAGUCCCUUCUCGAUCAGGUAAAUUUCAAGCAGAGUUGA